GCCCGUCAGUCUCCCCCCAUGGGGCCGCGCCGGCUGUACUCCCUGUUCCCUCUUCCCAGUACGCGGAUUUACUGGCUGCCUCGGCUAUUAUCCAUCCGACCAAGCCAUUCCGAUCCUGACCUGGAGCCGGCUCCGGAAAGCCUCGAGAAGGGGAGGGCCGAACUCGGCCGGAGCUGAGCAUCGUCCGGGUGGGCUGCGGGGCCGCGGCCUUUCCGCCGGCAGCACCACCUGUCGCCUGGCUAGACGUCGGGUGAGAGAAACGAUGUUGUCCAGGUUUAAAAUAGUUGCCACUUCUUGUACUCUGGCAUGUCGUCAUUUGCACAUAAAAGAGAAAGGCAAGCCACUUAUGUUGAACCCAAGAACAAACAAGGGGAUGGCAUUUACAUUACAGGAACGACAAAUGCUUGGUCUUCAAGGACUUCUACCUCCCAAAAUAGAGACACAAGAUAUUCAAGCCUUACGAUUCCACAGAAAUGUGAAAAAGUUGAAUGGCCCUUUGGAAAAAUACAUCUAUAUAAUGGGAAUACAAGAAAGAAAUGAGAAGUUGUUUUACAGAAUACUCCAAGAUGAUAUCGAAAGUCUAAUGCCAAUUGUAUAUACACCAACAGUUGGUCUUGCCUGCUCCCAGUAUGGACACAUCUUUAGAAGACCUAGGGGAUUAUUUAUUUCAAUCUCAGACAGAGGUCAUGUUAGAUCAAUUGUGGAUAACUGGCCAGAAAAUCAUGUUAAGGCUGUUGUGGUGACUGAUGGAGAGAGAAUUCUGGGUCUUGGAGAUCUGGGUGUCUAUGGAAUGGGAAUCCCAGUAGGAAAACUUUGUUUGUAUACAGCUUGUGCUGGAAUACGGCCUGAUAGAUGCCUGCCUGUGUGUAUUGAUGUAGGAACUGAUAAUCCAGCACUCUUAAAAGAUCCAUUUUACAUGGGUUUAUAUCAGAAAAGAGAUCGAUCACAACGUUACGAUGAUCUGAUUGAUGAGUUUAUGAAGGCCAUUACUGACAGAUAUGGACAGAACACACUUAUUCAGUUUGAAGACUUUGGAAAUCAUAAUGCAUUCAGGUUCUUGAGAAAAUAUCGAGAAAAAUACUGUACCUUCAAUGAUGAUAUUCAAGGGACGGCUGCAGUUGCUCUAGCUGGUCUGCUUGCAGCCCAAAAAGUCAUUGGUAAACCGAUCUCAGAACACAGAAUCUUAUUUCUUGGAGCAGGAGAGGCUGCUCUUGGAAUUGCAAAUCUUAUAGUUAUGGCUAUGGUGGAAAAUGGCCUCUCAGAAGAAGAGGCGCAAAAGAAAAUUUGGAUGGUUGACAAAUUCGGUUUAUUAUUUAAGGGGCGGAAAGCUACAAUAGACAGUCAUCAGGAACCAUUUGCUCACUUAGCCCCAGAGAGUGUACCUGAUACUUUUGAAGAUGCAGUAAAUAUACUUAAGCCUUCAGCUAUAAUUGGAGUUGCAGGAGCUGGCCGACUUUUCACUCCUGGUGUAAUCAAAGCCAUGGCUGAUAUCAAUGAGAGGCCUAUAAUAUUUGCAUUAAGUAAUCCUACAGCACAAGCUGAGUGCACAGCUGAAGAAGCAUAUACACUUACAGAGGGAAGGUGUUUGUUUGCCAGUGGCAGUCCAUUUGAGCCAGUGAAACUCAGUGAUGGGCAAGUCUUUAUACCAGGUCAAGGAAACAAUGUAUAUAUUUUUCCAGGUGUGGCUUUAGCUGUUAUUCUCUGUAACACCCGGCAUAUUAGUGACCAUGUUUUCCUAGAGGCUGCAAAGGCUCUGACAAAUCAAUUGAUGGAUAAAGAGCUAGCUCAGGGGAGACUUUACCCGCCACUUGCUAAUAUUCAGGAAGUUUCUAUUAACAUUGCUAUUAAAGUUACAGAAUAUCUAUAUGCUAAUAAAAUGGCUUUCCGAUACCCGGAACCUGAGGACAAGACCAGAUACAUUCGAGAAAGAAUAUGGCGAAGUGAAUACGAUUCCCUGCUGCCGGAUGUGUACGAUUGGCCAGAGCCUGCGUCACGCCCUCCACCAACAACGGAAUAGAAGCACACCACUGAUAAACACUUUCCAGGCUUCAGGGACUCCUUUCUUCAGACAAAAAGAGAGGGCGUUCUCAAAUUUAUGGGGUUUUCUGUGUUUUAUUCUCCCCUACCACUUUGCUUAUUUUUUCCCAUGAAUCUCCACUUCUUUCUGUACAGGAUGGACCUGUUGACUACAUUGUUAAUGCCCACCUGCUCCCUGAAAUCAGAUGACCAUAACGCUUUCAUUCUGAUUUGUAGCUCAUACCACAUCAGAGAUAUUAAAAAGGUACUUGCGAAUGUCUUCACUUGUGCUCCUGUUCACUCUUGCCGAAGUAUUUGCUAUUUACUGUUAUAGCUAAUCAUCUUCUCUCACCCAGUUCUUUUAGGGCUACUAAAAUAGAAAUUUACUUCUGUGGAUGUGAGUACAGAAUUUUGGGAAGAAGCCAAAUUUAACCAAAUUCUAAGGACAAAUUGUCAGUAUCUAAAAAUGUCCUUUUAUUUCCGCUUCAUUUUACCUUCAUGCUCUGAAAUUCCUUUUCAGUAGAUAGAUCAGGAAAAAUGUACUCUAUUAUGUAUUUUCUGGGACUAAACUGAGGCUUAACUAUAACGUGGGAGAAAUGUGAAGUACUGCCGCCUUUAUACAAAUAAACUAGUCAUUGUUUUCAACAGUGUAUAAAAAUCUCAGUGUAACUUUUUAAAAUAAAUAUCUUAAAUUGCUUCAA